CUUUUUGAUUGAUUGCUUUAUUAAGGUAUUUUUGUGCAAAAUUGCAAUGGGAUUUGCUGCUAGUUUAGUGUACCUACUUGACGAAAGGUUUGAUCAAAUGCGAAUGUGCGAUGCUGCGGAAAUCAGAAUCGAAGUGGUGAUGAUGAUUAGGUUAGGUGUUUGAUGAUAUGCCUCACUGAAGAUUUUGCAUUUUUUUUGUUUGGCUUUUUAAGUAUUUUGUGUAUAUUUUGGGCAGCAUUCAAGCAUUUUUUGUGCGAAAUUGCAAUGGUUUGUGAACCAACUUGACGAAAGUCUGAUCAAAUGCAAAUACGUGAUGCUGCAGAAUCGAAGCGCUGAAAUUAAUUAGGAGUGGUCGCGCCGGCGAUAAACCCUGCCGCCGGAGCUCUUCCAAUGCAAGUCAUAAGCUGUAAUCCGCGGCUCUUCAGCCUAAUCAACCGCUCAACGCAGCAUUUCAAUCUGCGUCCGUUUUCCUCCUCUUCAUCAUCCUCAGCCUAUUCCAGCCAGUCACGCGGCGGACUUCCUCGAUUCUUCUCCGAAACCUUACUUACCACUAAGGGUGGUGUUGUGAGAGUGAAAGGCGACGAGUUCUGGCACAUGACCAAAGUGCUAAGACUAGGAAUCGAUGAUAGGGUAGAGCUAUUUAAUGGAAAGGGCGGUCUCGUUGAGGGGCGCAUAGAGAGUAUUGAUCGUUCUGGGGUGGAUUUUGAAGCAGUGGAGAACCCAAAAUUAGUUUCUCCACCAACCACUCAGUGGCACGUUUUCGCUGCGUUUAGCACUCUCAAGGGAGGGAGAGCUGAUUGGCUAGUGGAGAAAUGCACUGAACUUGGAGCAUCCAGUGUGACACCGUUGCUGACUGUACGUUCUCAGUCAAUAUCAGAAAACAGGGCUGACAGACUGCAGCGAGUUGUAUUGGCAGCUGCUAAGCAAUGUCAACGAUUACAUGAAAUGAUUUUGAAGCCUCCAAUUGCAGUUGGUGAACUCCUACCUGUUGUAGCUAAUUCAAGAUUAGCAUUUUUGGCUGCAGCAGAGGCUACUCCCGUUUUUAAUGCGUUAAGCUCUUUAAACAAAGAACCUAAUGGAAUCAUUAUAAUUGGCCCUGAAGGAGACUUCACCGAAGAGGAAAUGAACUCGUUAAGGGAGGCUGGAGCAAUUGCUGUUGGUCUGGGCCCACAUCGCUUGCGUGUUGAAACUGCUACAAUGGCUCUCCUUUCUACUGUGAUGCUAUGGUCCGACUGCCAGGAAUUCGCAAGCAAUUAAUUGCACUUCAGCACCGACUGCCGUUUUCCUCACUCUCACCUAAAAUUACGAUCCAAUCAUCGGCGUUGCGCUAAUCGGAGACGAAAUAACGCGGCGGAUUUUCAAUCCGAUCGAUUCGCGGAAGGAGGAGGUUCGCUUCGGUGUGAGAAAUGGC